UUCCGUUUCUUCGCAGAAGCAUCCUCGCGCCGUUCCCCUUUCCCUCGCUUUCUUCUUUCUUCUUCUUCACGGGAGUAUUUGCUUUGAGCUGCGGCGCAGAGGAGGCCAGCCAGCAUUCGCUACGAGCAAAGAAGCGGAGAAUCCAGCGAAGGCAAGCAGAUCCAGGAGCUGCGAAGAGGCGGAUUGAUUUGUUUCGGUGGCCCAACUUGGCAGAUCGAGAGCAAGUCUGGUUAGCUGCGCAUCAUCAUCAUCCUCCCUCUACUGUAUGCCCACUCUAAUCUUGAUUAUAUAGUGAUAAAUUGAAUUUUGGUAAAUAAAAUUAGCACAUACUAGCUUGGAAUAAAUAGUCUAAGUAAUUGAGUAAUUUUGUUUUUACUUUUUGACAAAACCUGUUUAUAGAGCCGUGGAGCAAAUUAUUCGUGACAAAAAUAUGGUGAAGUAGCUGAAAAUAACGGGUUAUCUCGCUACUCUGUUGCUUCCUGCAAACUGUGCGCAGAUAUGAGCACUGUUUGAGUUCGAUCCAACUGACCAAGCAGGCAGGAAACAAAAAUAUGAUACCCGCACCAAUGAUUUGUUUUCUCGGAAUGUAUAAAGUAUACUCGCCGAUUCUUCUGGUUUACUGCACGCUUGCCUGAUGUCCUAUACCUUAAUACUAUUAAGAGUAAAUUUUAGAAAACUACAACUUUAAUGACAAAACUAUCAAUUUGCUACAACAUUAGCGAUAUGUUUCAGUUUGCUACAACAAUAUAGCAGCAUAUAACGUAAAAGUUGCAAUUUGUGAUAAUUUCCUACGCUAUUGUUACAGCAAACUUAUAGUUGUCACUAAAGUUAUAGUUUUCUAAAUUUACUCUACUAUUAAUUCAUGACUGAAAAUAUGACAUCAGGCAAGCGUGCAGUUAACCUGAAGAAUCGGCGAGUAUACUUUAUACAUUCCGAGAAAACAAAUUUUUAGGGAUUUUUUUAUCCUCAAGAGUGUACCGGAAGGUGCCAUAUUUAUCCGUGCAAAUUUUGAUUAGAGAUUGAUAAUUCCUUGCUUAAUCCAACCACGGCAGUACAAACUCCUCGAAGAUUUGAAGACGUGGCUGUGGCACCGGAAUUGUUACUGGACUUUUGUGCUCCGACGCUUAUACGUAAUUCCCAGCGUGACAAGGUGCCUCCUCGAGCACCUCCAGAUCACUCAUUUUUACAUUUCUCCAAUAUGACUAUAACUGGUUAUUUUAUAGAACAUUGUCGAAAGAUAAAAAUCACUCCUUACUUUUCAGGUUAUAAGAUAUUUUGACUUUGGUCAAAGUCAAACUGCUUCAAGUUUGAUCAAGUUUAUAGAAAAAAAAGGGUUUGAAGGAAUCUCUAGACUCCAAUCACCAUGAGCUUAUCCAAGACCAUUGGGUUCAUUAGUGGUGUCAAUGAGUGUGUAAAUUUAUUUCAGUGGGCUAGAUCUGCCAUUUCAUCUCUCCACACUAGAUGGAGUGGCACGCAGGAUCAAAAGCUUCAGGAUGAAGUAUUGCAAUUGCAGAGUGGCCUGCAACGUCUCAAGGAUACUCUUCCAGCAAUGUAUGAUCUUAUUGAUAGAGCAGAGUGGAGAAGCCAUGAAGACUGUGUGGCCAAACUCCUUCCAAAUCUCAAGGACGCAGUGUACAAUGCUGAUGAUCUUCUCGAUGAGUUCAGAUGGUACGAACAAAAGGUGGCACUGGAAGGUAAUGCUGCAAGCCAAUCUCCUUUUUUGGAAUUCUUUGAUUGUGUUAUUCAAGGAAGAUUCAAUAAAGUGACUGAUAUCAUUGAAAGGCUAAAUAAUGUUUCUAGCGAGCUGGAGAAGCUAGGGUUACGUGAAAUUCCCCAGCGGUUUGACAAAACAUUGAGGCCAGAAACUAGCUCUUUCCCAAGUGAUAGAGAAAUAUACGGUCGUGACAAUGAACUGGAGAAAGUGAUGGAAUUGCUUAGUGUACCUAAAAAUUAUACUGGUGUUCAUUCCAAACGCAAGAGAGGAAGUAAUGAUGCAUCAACAAGCACAUCAACAUCCAACCAAGUUAGUGUUCCUAUUUUGCCGAUAGUUGGAAUUGGGGGUGUUGGAAAGACCACUUUGGCCCAACAUAUCUGCAACCACCUAUUAGUUAAGUCUCACUUUGACCCAGUAAUUUGGAUAUUCGUCUCAGAUGACUUUGAUGUCAAGAGAUUAACUAAGGAGGCCAUAGAAUCCGCUUCUGGAAAAGAGGCAAAAACCGAUCAUUUGGAUUCUAUUCAGCAUGUUCUUCGUGAAAAUGUGAAAAAUAAGAGGAUCUUGAUAAUACUUGAUGAUGUAUGGGAUGAUGCCUUAAAGGAAAAUGGGCAGUGUUGGAAGAAGUUUUGUUCACCUUUAGCAAAUGUAUGCCAGGGAAGCAUGAUGUUAAUUACCACUAGAUCUUCCAAGGUUUCUAAUGCACUCGGGACAUUGGAACCCUUCACAGUGAAUUGUUUGCAGAAUGAUAUCUUUUGGGAUUUCUUCAAAUUAUGUGCAUUUGGGUCUGACAGUUCAAACAAUGAUCCUGAGUUAGAGUGCAUUGGCAGAAGCAUACUUCCUAAGUUAAAGGGUUCACCUCUAGCUGCGAAAACUCUUGGACGCUUGUUAAGAAUGGACCAUCACACGACGCAUUGGAAAAAUGUACAAAAGAGUGAACUGUGGGAGUUGAAACAAGAGGAGACUGACAUUUUGCCAGCUCUUCAGUUGAGCUACAUGUACUUACCCUUACAUUUGAAGAGAUGCUUCUCAUUUUGUGCUGUGUACCCAAAGGAUUAUAAUUUUGAAAAAGAUAGUUUAUGUGAAAUUUGGGUAGCUGAAGGCUUUGUGGAACCUGAAGGGGACAUUCCAAUUCUAGAUACGAGCAAAAAGUAUUUUGAAGACCUUGUAAGCCGGUCCUUCUUUCAAAAAGUUUAUGGUACAUAUGUAAUCCAUGAUUUGAUGCAUGAUAUGGCACAACUAGUUUCAAAGCAUGAUUGUUUCAUCAUAAAAGACACAGGCGACUUUCAAAAAGUUCCUCACAAUGUUCGCCAUUUGAUGAUACUUGAUAGCGAAAAGUUUGAUUGUUCCAACUUAUUGAGCCUAUGCAAGCACACAAAGUUGCGUACUAUACUCUGUAACAAGUCUCUAUGGCAUAAAACUUUAGCUUCUGUAAUGGACCAUUGGUGUACUGAACUUUGGCAGAUACGUGUGUUUUCUUGUGCCUUCCUAAAGGAGAUACCAAAGAGUAUUGGAAAUUUGAAACAUCUUCGUUACCUUCAAAUCUCUGGAUCUUGUCAUUUGAACAGUAUUCCUCUACAGUUCUGUUGCCUCUACAAUUUGCAGUGUUUUAAUGCUUUGGAGUGUGUAGUUGAAAGCUUGCCUUGUGACUUUGAUAGGUUGAUCAAUCUGCGGAGAUAUAAAUCACAGGGAUUUGUAUACGAUCGAAUGGGACAACUGCAUCUCGGUACACAUUGGGAACAUGAAGUUAGAUUGAUGAAGAAUUUCAACCAAUUCUAUGGGGAUUUGAGGCUAUCCAAUCUUGGUGCACUAAGUAAGGACCUUGCAGCUGAAAUCAAACUAAACAGGAAGAGAUAUAUUGGAAGUCUGACCCUGCAAUGGUGCCUAUGGAUAUCACAAGAGCACAAUGAGAUGGAAGUGUUCCAAGUCCUACAUCCUCCCACCAGUCUUAGAUCUCUGAAACUCAUGUAUUAUCUAGGGGAAUCUCUUCCAUGCUGGUUUCAGGAACAAAAUGGUUGUAAUGAGAUAGCAGGAGUAAUUGCUAACAACAAUAAUGGCUGCAUUUCUGUUUUCUCAUCGCUGACCUACCUCGACAUUUCUGAUUGUGAAAAGUUAUCAAACCUCAACCAGUUCCUGCAGGUAGCUCAUGUACCAUCCCUCGAAAGAAUACGAAUAUCAAACUGUGGAAGGGUAGCAUCAACUCCAAGGUUUGGUGACUUUCAUUGCCUGGAAGAACUAAUUCUGGAUCAUUGCAAGAUAUUUGACCAUUCAGAAAGCUUGUCAAUACCUUCCCUCAAGAAGCUCGUACUACAUUAUUCUGGGAAUCCAAUUAGCAAAAUCGAGUGCCGCUCUCUCACAUCUCUGUCCUUUGUGUGUCCGAGUGUGACGUCUAUUCCCCUACAAGUGUGGAGUAGUAAUCUUCCUGCUCUGCAGAAUUUAGACAUAAAGUGGUGUCCAUCUCUUACAUUUAUUGGAGAAUCUGAACCAGCGGACUUCACUAACCUUUCUCACCAAGUGAGCAGCAGCAGCAGCAGAAUUAGAACAUUCUCAUCCCUUACUGUGCUAACCAUUCACGGCUGCGAGAAAUUGUUGACCCUUGAUGAUCUCCUGAAACAAGAAUAUCUACCUUUCAUCAAGAGUAUUAAGAUUUCCUAUUGUCAAGGGCUACUGUCCUUGCCCGGUGAAAUGUUUGGGUCUUUUCCUUUCCUGAAUGAUUUGGGCAUUUGGAACUGCCCAAGUCUCACUUGGCAGAGGGGAUUGGUUUUACCAUCAUCUCUCCUAGAGCUCAACUUAAUUGAUUGUGGUUAUUUCUCUACAUGGCUUCCUAGCUGUUUGGAGAACGUCACUUCCCUGGUUAUACUGAGAAUAAUUAAAUGUCGGGGUAUAACAUAUAUUACAGAUCAAACAUUGAGCAGUAAUCUUGCCUCACUCCAGGAAUUAUGCAUUGAGGAUUGCCCAGACCUUGUUUCAAUCGGUAGGGGAAAGUUGAUCGCAAAAUUAAAGAAGGGUGGAAUGGCUGGCAAGAUUGGGUAAUGGCUGCAGGAGUACUUGCAAAGAAGGCCAUGAGUCCUAUUUUCCUCCCUUUGUUGUCCUGCGAUUUAUUAUGGCAAAACAAAUUGUUGCAAGGCUGAUAAUGGUCUCUGAAAGGUUGCUCUCUUGUCCUGACAGUGCGGCAUAUCCGUUAGCAUUUCCCCUUUCUGUUUUAAAUAAGUUGGGGAGAAAACAUUCAUGUCAUUUAAAACCUCUGUUAAGUUGUGUGUUUUUGUUUGAUUAAUCUUUAAUCAUGCUCGGAGCCUCGGACAACUAUACGUUACCAAAGUUUUAAUCGCAGUGGUCUACUACGGAUAUUUUCUGAUGUAUACCAUACUAGUUUUCUCUUGAAAUCUUUCCAAUAUUUUUGUUGUAACAAUAUGCAUAUAUGGUUGCGUGGUUUUUGCUA